AUGCUUCUGCAAGAGCUCGUGGAUAAGCUGCCGGCCAACAUAAAGUUCAACUGGGCACUGCACCAGGAGAACUUACCACUAGUUGAUCUGAAGGUGUUCAGCGAGUACAUGAGGAAGGUCACAACAGCCACCAGCGGAGUAACGAACUUUUCUGUCGCAGUAAAACCAACAAAGGACGAUAAGCCUCGACACAAAGACAAGGUGUUCGUGAACGCUCAUGCGGCCCAUGAGCAGAAGGGUGCAGUUCAAGCUGUCAACCCAUCUUGGGAUUGGCAAAGGCGAACUAAAAGCGGAAAAGACAAGUCAGUCAUAACGAACAAAAGUUGUCCUGCAUGCGGCGCUCACGACCACACAGCUGCGAGUUGUGGAAUCUUCAAGAAGCUGUCGAUUGACGGACGGUGGAAUUUCGUCAAGGAAAACAAACUGUGCCGUCGAAGUCUCGUUUCCCAAACACGCUGGCCAUGCGAAGGAGAAGUUUGCGGUAUCAACAACUGUGACAAGCGCCACCAUCGUCUACUACACUCGGAGCCAAUCAAGAAACAGCCAGUUACCGACGCCACUGUUACCAUCCACCGUCAGCCCAUUUCAUCGACGUUGUUCAAGAUUCUGCCUGUGACAUUGUACGGGAAGAAUGGCUCGGUGAAUACGUACGCAUUCUUGGACGACGGUUCAUCUGUGACUAUCGUGGAAAAAGCUAUUGCAGACCAACUUGGAUUCACCUCUGCAUGA